AUGGGUAUUUAAUGUUUUAAAUGCUAAAAUGAAGAAUAAUAAAUAAUAACUUAGACUCAAGUUUAAAAUUAUAUAUAACAGAAAAAUGUAUAAUAUUAACAAAAACAGGAUAAAAAACGAUAAUAUAAUAGUCUAUACUAAAAUUCAUAUUUUGGCCCAUCAAAAUAAUAGUAUGAAAGCUAAUGGAAUCCCAGUAUAUGUGUAACUGCAAAGAAUGAGUCCAAUAUAGAAGCAUUUGAAGAAUCUUAAAUAUAGACUAAUCAAAAUAUAAGGGAAACUCAACAAGAACAAUAAAUACAAAGAAUUACAUUCAUUUCCUCAGAUCAAAUUAUACCAUCAAUGCCUUUAUUCUUCUAAGUAUCUGAAUAAUUAGCAAUGGAUAAAAUCUGCUAAAAUUGUAAACACCAUUAAAAGCAUCGAAUUAGAACUAAAUCAGAAAAUAUAAUAAAUAAAANAGUUCUAAGAUUUUCAUUCAAUAGACUCAUACCAUAAGUAAAGUGUGCUGCAGUUGAUCCAAUUAUAAUCCUUAAGAUUUUUAAACCUGAGAUUAAUCCAGCAUCUUCAAUAGCACGUUUAGAACAGAAAUUUAAAUUGCAAGAUGUUGUUAUGACUGCUUAAUUUAUUUUAAUUCCUAAAUGA